GAAUCUCGGAUUUGGAGACCCCCAACCCCAGGUGACCUCGCCCCCAACGUCUUCUGCAAUGGCCAAUUCCUGAGAGAGGAGGCAGCCGAAGGUCUAGAUCGCUGGGUCUGGGUGCGAAGGGGGACAGAUGCCGUAAAUCCCGAGUUGGGGGCCAGGCCUCCUGAUCUGAAAGAGGGGGACGCUGGGGAGCUGGACUCCGGGGUCUGAGAGAGAAGGGCUUGAACAGGAGGGGCUGCGGAUCUGGAGGCGCGGGUCAGAGGGAGAAGGGGCUGGGCGCCACUGGUCUCUAGACGCCCUGGCUACGCCCCCCCUAGGGCCGGGCUUCCCAGGACCCAGCCCCUAUUUAUGGCUCGACCCCGGGGCCUUCCCGGACUUCGGAGGGCGGAGAGGCCCAGCGGUAGUGGCAGAGAGCAACAGAGGACUAACGCUCCAGGGCAAUGGCGACGCGCUAUGCCGGGAAGGUGGUCGUGGUGACAGGGGGCGCGCGCGGCAUCGGAGCCGGGAUCGUGAGAGCCUUUGUGCAAAGCGGCGCCCAGGUGGUGAUCUGCGACAAAAAUGAGCUGGGGGGCCAGGCCCUGCAGCAGGAGCUCCCCGGAACUGUCUUUCUCCGCUGUGACGUGACCCAGGAGGAGGACGUGAGGACACUUCUUUCUGAGACGGUCCACCGCUUUGGCCGCCUGGACUGUGUGGUCAACAACGCCGGCUACCACCCUCCUCCCCAGAGGCCUGAGGAGACCUCCGCCCAUGACUUCCGGCAGCUGCUGGAGCUGAACCUGCUGGGGACAUACACCUUGACCAAGCUUGCCCUCCCCCACCUGCGCAGGAGCCGGGGCAAUGUCAUCAACGUCUCCAGCCUGGUUGGGGCCAUUGGCCAGUCGCAGGCAGUCCCUUAUGUGGCCACCAAGGGGGCAGUAACCGCCAUGACCAAAGCCUUGGCCUUGGAUGAGAGUCAAUAUGGAGUCCGAGUCAACUGUAUCUCCCCAGGAAACAUCUGGACGCCCCUGUGGGAGGAGCUGGCAGGCUUAACACCAAACCCGGCGGCCACAGUCCGAGAGGGUGCACUGGCCCAGCCCCUGGGCCGCAUGGGCCAGCCAGCUGACGUGGGAGCCGCGGCUGUGUUCCUGGCCUCUGAAGCCAAUUUCUGCACAGGGAUUGAGCUGCUUGUGACUGGGGGUGCGGAGCUGGGGUAUGGGUGUAAAGCCCAUGGGAGCACCCCCGUGGAGGUCCCCACGAUUCCUUCCUGAUUUCCAUGGCCUCGGUCUCCAAAAUGCCUCUUCCAUCAUCUGCCUCUCGGGGGCUGCCUUCCCCUCGUCGCCGUCACCAAGCCUACUUACCCUUGUGCCACACCACCCUGCAGCGGUCCAUAAAAGCAAUUUGCAGCCACAAG